ACUACAACUUUCCCCUCCUCAGCUUCUCUGUGCAAAAGGGCCCUCUGUCUUUUUCGGAAGGCGGAGGGGACGAAAGCAGCUACCACAGGAGUCCCAAGGCCCAAGAACCCAGAAGUGAUACUCCCAAACAGCAGUAAAGCGGCGAAAGGAAAGAGAAAGUACUUCUCAGUACGCCGUCUCAUAGCCAGUAGUUUCCCUUAACCCGGAAGCAGUUCUCCCCUCCUCCUCCAUUUACGGUUGAGAAAGGAGGAGGAGGAAGAAGGCCAGGUCUGGCCCGGCAUGCCCUGGGCUUCCGGUGACCUCUGGCCCUUAUCUGUCGUCUGUUCUUGCUUUCUAGCGUGGUUGGUAGUUCACUGCUUGCUUGCUGCUCUGUCUUCCUUCGCACGCUGCUUGGUGACUGUGGCGCCCGCGACCGAUAGAAAGGCGGUGGCAAAGGACACUCGUCAUGGCUGCCUCUAAGCCUGUGGAGGCGGCAGUGGUCGCGGCGGCUACACCCGGCUCCGGGAGUGGGGUGGGCGGCGGUGGGACUGCGGGCCCGAGCACUGGGGGCCUGCCGCGGUGGCAGCUGGCGUUGGCGGUCGGGGCGCCCCUUCUGCUGGGCGCGGGUGCCAUGUACCUGUGGAAGCGGCAGGGACGGCGCCGGGAGACCGGGGGCCGGGGCGACUCAGGCGGCCUGAAGCGCAACAGUGAACGGAAGACCCCGGAGGGUAGGGCCAGUCCGGCACCCGACAGCGGACACCCGGAAGGCCCCGGCGGUCACCUAGAAAUGAACUCUCUUGAUAGAGCCCAAGCAGCCAAGAACAAAGGCAACAAAUAUUUUAAAGCAGGAAAAUAUGAACAAGCUAUUCAGUGCUAUACCGAGGCUAUCAGUUUGUGCCCUACAGAAAAGAACGUUGACCUUUCCACAUUUUAUCAGAACAGAGCAGCUGCCUUUGAACAGUUGCAAAAAUGGAAAGAGGUGGCACAAGAUUGUACAAAGGCUGUUGAACUUAAUCCCAAAUAUGUGAAAGCUCUCUUUAGACGUGCAAAAGCCCACGAGAAGCUAGACAAUAAGAAGGAAUGUUUAGAAGAUGUCACUGCUGUCUGUAUAUUAGAAGGGUUCCAGAAUCAACAGAGCAUGCUGUUAGCUGAUAAAGUUCUUAAACUUCUUGGAAAAGAGAAAGCUAAAGAGAAAUACAAGAAUCGUGAACCUCUGAUGCCGUCUCCACAGUUUAUCAAAUCUUACUUCAGUUCUUUCACGGAUGAUAUAAUUUCUCAGCCUAUGCUUAAAGGAGAGAAGUCUGAUGAAGAUAAAGACAAGGAAGGGGAGGCUUUAGAAGUGAAAGAAAAUUCUGGGUAUCUAAAGGCCAAACAAUAUAUGGAAGAAGAAAACUAUGAUAAAAUCAUAAGUGAAUGCUCUAAAGAAAUAGAUGCUCAAGGCAAAUACAUGGCAGAAGCAUUGUUACUACGAGCUACCUUCUACCUGCUUAUUGGCAAUGCCAAUGCAGCCAAACCUGACUUAGAUAAGGUCAUCAGUUUGAAAGAAGCUAAUGUAAAGCUUCGAGCAAACGCUCUCAUCAAAAGAGGUAGCAUGUACAUGCAACAGCAGCAGCCUUUGCUGUCUACUCAGGAUUUUAACAUGGCUGCUGACAUUGAUCCUCAGAAUGCAGAUGUUUAUCACCACCGAGGACAGCUGAAAAUACUGCUUGAUCAGGUUGAAGAAGCAGUGGCAGAUUUUGAUGAAUGUAUUAGAUUAAGACCUGAGUCUGCUCUGGCACAAGCUCAGAAAUGUUUUGCAUUGUAUCGCCAGGCAUAUACAGGAAAUAAUUCUUCACAAAUCCAAGCAGCUAUGAAAGGUUUUGAAGAGGUAAUAAAGAAAUUUUCAAGAUGUGCUGAAGGCUAUGCACUAUAUGCCCAGGCAUUAACAGAUCAACAACAGUUUGGGAAAGCUGAUGAAAUGUAUGAUAAAUGUAUUGAUUUGGAACCAGAUAAUGCCACAACAUAUGUUCAUAAAGGUUUACUUCAACUUCAGUGGAAGCAAGAUCUGGAUAGAGGUUUGGAGCUUAUCAGCAAGGCUAUUGAGAUCGACAAUAAAUGUGAUUUUGCAUAUGAAACCAUGGGAACUAUUGAAGUGCAAAGAGGAAACAUGGAGAAAGCCAUUGACAUGUUCAACAAAGCUAUUAAUCUGGCCAAAUCGGAAAUGGAGAUGGCUCAUCUAUAUUCACUUUGUGAUGCUGCCCAUGCCCAGACAGAAGUUGCAAAGAAAUAUGGCUUAAAACCACCAACAUUAUAAAAUGGGGUGGGGGUUGGGGGCAUGGAAAAUGACCUCUUUUUAGAAGUUUACCCCCUCUUCAACUGAACCCUAAAGAUACUCAAGAAUUGUGUUGAAUGGUGAAACUUAGUAUUUCAGUUCGUGUUGUCAUAUUUUACAUGUGUUUCAUGUUUAGUUGUGGGAGUGGCUGUUGAAGGAAGUUUGCAGUGUUGCAGCUUUUAUUCCCCGUGCAACAAAAGCUUAGAACCUGUUAAAGGCCUGUUAAAUCAAGUUGCAAAGAGUACAGAUGAUAACUGGCCAUGCAAAUAAAAACUUUGAUUUGUUGAUUUGAUUUUUUUUUGUUUUUGUUUUUGUUUUUUGUUUUUUGAGGGGUUGGGCUGGGGAGUGAUUAUGCUCCAGAUGAUUUUGUCUUCCUUAAUAUAUAUAUAUGUAUAUGUAUAAUAUAUAAGUUUUACAGUAUGUUGGGUUUUAAAUUAAUAGUAAGUGCUGGCUGUAAAAUAGAUUUCUUUUAUAUUCAAUUAAUCCCUUUUUAGUAGAUUUUGUUUUUUGAAGAAAACAAAGCUUAUAUAGGGAUUUUGUUUUAAAACAACAAAAUUGAGAGACCCUUUCAUACAUGAUCAGCAUGUACAAUUCCUCUCAUUCUGCAAAGUCAGAAAGAUUCAGUGGCAACUGUUAAUCCUUUUGAUUCCCUUCAUCUCUGAUGGUUAAUGUACAUCUAUCAUUUUUAAAAGUCUGUAGCUAGUUUUCAUACAGGAAAUUAUGCAGAAGCAAAAUGUUCUGUAUUGGGAGAACGAACGAGACAAAAGGUAAGGUUAAAUGCAAGUGUAUUCAUAAUUGCCCAUGGUUAUUUUCUGUACUAAGUACUAUUAGAUUUAAGAGUGUAUUUUAAAGAAAAUGCAGGGUGGUUAUAUAUAUAACGUAAAUAAAGAUGGUAUGUGUGUGACACGUGGAGGCAUAUAAUUAGCUUACAAUUUCUAAUGAUGAAAAUGUGCUUCAAGAUUCAGAUAUAAAAAGGAUGCAAGUCUUGGAGCCAAGAAGCAUUGUACUUCCUAAAAUGACAAGCUGAGUGCAUCAAUUUUAAGGCUACAUUUACUUAAGGAAUGUUGAGCCGGUACUUUAAAAGAUGCUGAAGACAUGUGUUUAGUUUUCAGGUAACCUUGGUCUCUAAGGCCUAAUUGCUCAUGUCCAGGUCUUCACUAGGAAUACUGGCAGCAGUUUUAUUUUUGUUUUGUUCUCUUCCCCUCCCCCCAUUUUAUCUUUGUAUCCUAACUUAGAAAGCACUUUAUGGUUUAUUUCUAGUUGUCACAUUUAUAGACCAUCCUUUUGCUUAUGUGCUGGAAUUUUUUGAUGGAGGAGGGAUUGCGUUGUUGAGUGGUCUCUUAUUUUGGAAUAUUUGGGGAGGGGGUGGUAGUUAAGUCUGAGUAUAAUAAAGAGCAAGUCUUCAGUUACACUUUUUUGGAAAUGAAAUCUGAUUAUAAUUUAUGGUGUUGGGAAUAAAAGAGCAUUUUACCCUUCUUUAAAAGGGUGCUUUAUCUAUUGAAACCAAAAAGGUUUUGUCUGCGAAUACUAUCUUUUUAGAAACUAUGAGAAAUUACUCCUUCCAAAGUCAAAAUUUUGAGAAAGUACUGAGGAUGUGGCAGGAGGGGGGCUCUACCUAAUUAGUGGGGCAGUUAACAUAGUUUAAGAUGACUUGAAUAAUGGACAAUUUGAGAGCUCUGCCUUUUAAUUCUGAAAUUAUGCACCUAUUAUGAUAACCCUGAAAACAGAAAUGUUUUACAUCUCCAAAUAAGCGCUGACUUAAAAAAAAAAAAAAAGUUUUUAUUUGCAUGGCUGUGUGUUUACAUUAACACUGACAUUUUCUUAUUCUCCCCCUUCUUAUCCCUUGGGUUUGGGGAGAAUAAAAGAAUGCACACAAUGAAGCAUGUGCCAUUCAGUACUAUCAUUCCAGUCCUCAUGGACUAUUGCCUGUUCUGAAAAUAUCUAAAGCUGCACUGAAAGCUGCAUCAGUUUGUAUCUUUUGUUUUGUAAAUGACCUCACAUGUAAAUUCACCAAAUAAAUAUUAUAUCCAA